AUGGAUAAUCGUGCUGCGGAACUUAUUCUCAGAGAACGAAACAUUUUCCCAACCAAUGGUUCCGAUAACAUUACAUUGCUCAACAACAUGUUCGUUUUGGAAAUGUUCUACAGAAUAACGCAGCUGUACCAUUUUAAGAACUUCAUUUUUUAUAUAUCUGAAAGGCUAGACUUGAAUAACAAGGACUCGCAGGAGUUCUUCCACAAUUUCUGGACCUAUUUUCCAAUGGCGCCCAACUUGAUAAUAACGAGAGAGCACCAUUUGGGCAUACCCAUGAUGCAGUUCAUCAGCACUCCAUCGCUGGUGAUGGUCUUCACUACGGGUAAGGACGAUCCCAUUAUGGAGCUGGCUUCCCACAAUCAACAAGGAAUUCACUGGCUGAAGACGAUAUUCGUCCUUUUUCCCAGCCUACAGAGCCGUGACUUCGAGACCAAUCCGGAGUCACUCGCUCAAUUCACGGCGGAGAUUAAGGAUGUCUACGAUUGGGUGUGGAGGAAGCAAUUCAUCAACACAUUUUUGAUUACCAUUAAGGAUAAUGUAUUUAUACUGGAUCCCUAUCCCACACCAUCGAUUGUUAACAAAACUGGCGUAUGGCAAGCCGAAGAGUUCUUCCACAAAUAUGCCAAGAACAUGAAGGGCUAUUUGGUAAGGACCCCCAUCCUGUACGAUAUGCCACGGGUCUUUAAAUCGGAUCGGCCCACCAACAGGUACGAGAAGAACUUCAUCCACGGCACCAGUGGGAAUUUGUUUCUGGGUUUCCUGGAAUUCGUCAAUGCCACUCUGAUGGAUACCAGCGCAAAUGUAACAGCUGACUAUUUGAAUAUGACGAACCUUUUGGAUUUGGUGUCGCAAGGGGUGUACGAAACCCUGAUCCACUCCUUCACCGAAAUAACCACCAAGUUCGUGGUCAGCUAUAGCUAUCCCAUUGGCAUUAACGACUGCUGCAUCAUGGUGCCCUAUCGAAAUCAAUCCCCAGCAGAUCAGUACAUGCAUGAGGCUCUUCAGGAAAAUGUUUGGGUACUGAUCAGUCUAUUCACCCUCUACAUAACUGUGGCUAUCUAUUUGUGUUCACCACUGAGACCACGUGACCUCAGUGCCGCAUUUCUACAGUCCAUAUGCACAUUGACGUACAGUGUGCCCACUUUCAUCAUUCGCACGCCAACAUUGCGUAUGCGCUAUCUCUACAUUCUGCUGGCUAUCUGGGGAAUAGUCACAUCGAAUUUAUACAUUUCCCGGAUGACCAGCUACUUCACCACAGCCCCGCCAGUGCGUCAAAUAAACACUGUGCAGGAUGUGGUGGAAGCCAAUCUGAGGAUUAAAAUGCUGGCCAUUGAGUAUGAGAGGAUGGCCAAGUCACCGCUGCAAUAUCCAGAAAGCUAUUUGAACCAGGUGGAUUUGGUGGACAAGCACAUGCUGGACCUGCAUCGUGAUCCAUUCAACACCUCCUUUGGCUACACGGUAAGCAGCGAUCGCUGGCGGUUUCUUAACUUGCAGCAACUCCAUCUUCGGAAGCCCAUCUUCCGGUUAACGGAAAUAUGCGAAGGACCGUUCUACCACGUGUUCCCCCUGCACAAAGACUCCCACAUGCGCUCCGUGAUGACCGAAUACAUCAUGAUCGCCCAGCAGGCGGGCCUAAUGAACCAUUGGGAGCGCGAGACGUUCUGGGAGGCAGUGCAUCUCCACCGCAUCCAUGUGCACUUAUUUGACGAUGAGCCGAUGGCACUCAGCCUGGAUUUCUUCUCCAGCCUUCUGCGCACCUGGACUUUGGGUCUGAUCCUAGCCGGUCUGGCUUUUGCUGCCGAAAUGAAGUGGCACGAGCAUGUGACCUUCAAACGUCGUCCUGUUAUACGGAUAACCCGCAAGCCCAGAUCGUUUCUCAGGCGCUUCAUGAAAUUAUGA